AUGCCACCUAAAGCUGCAGCAAAACCGAAGUAUAGGCUUACGUAUUUCAAUGUGAGAGCUCGUGGUGAACUUUCUCGGCUUCUGUUUAACCAGGCCGGAGUAGACUUUGAGGAUGUCCGCAUUGAGCAGGAUAAGUGGCCAGAAGUGAAGAAAGAAAUGCCUGGUGGCACAUUACCCGUUUUGACCUGUGGUGACAACAAAUUUGGACAAAGUAUGGCAAUUGCGCGAUAUUUGGCUUCUGAAUUCAAUCUGAACGGAAAGACUAAGCUAGACAACCUUGCGGUUGAUGAAAUCUUAUGCGACAUCGUAGACUUCAUGACAAAAGUGUUUGGACCAGUUUUUGAAAAGGACGAUGCUAAAAAGGCUGAACUAGUGAAGGCAUUUGAAGAAGACAUUUUGCCCGCAUUUUUGAAGAAACUUGAGGCCCGCAUAGGAAAAUCUGGCUGGCUUGUUGGAGACUCAAUAACUGCCGCGGAUAUUGGAGUAUUCGACGUCCUUGAUGGCGUAACGAAAAGAGGGAGCGAAAAAUGCCUGAACGGGUCACCAAAGGUCAAGGCUAUGAUAGAUAAAGUCAAGGCACAACCAAGAAUUAAAGCCUACUUGGCGAAACGACCUGACUCGCAGAUGUAA